AUGCAACCGAGAAGAAACGCGCGCACGGGAUCCGCCGCCGUCGGCGGCGGCGCCGCGCUUCUCGUGUCGUCGUUCAUGUCCGCGGGACGAAGCGGCGGGACGGGGGGGAAGUCCACCGCGGUGAUACGCGUCGGGAUGUCGUUCCAGGCUUCGGUUCCGCCGUGGCGCGGGCCGGAGCCGCUGGACGGGUCCGUACGCGCGGAGGAGGGACUCGUCAUCGCGGCGGCGCCGGCGGUCGCGGACGCAGACGCGACCGCGGACGCGGACGCCGCGGGGUCGAAGAAGAGCGCGCGCGUCGUCGAGCGCGCCGCAGCCAUCGCGGCGUCCGCGGCGGCGACCCCAAAACAACCCCACGCCGCGCGAAUCCCCGGGGCCAAGUCGGGGGCGCGGGAGUCCGAACCGGCGCGAAGAGACCGGCUCGCGGGGAUCAAAGUCUGGCCCCCCGCGCCCGCGGAGAAGGCGGCGAAGAUCGCCGCGGAGCUGUUCGACCCGUCGCUCUCCCCCGGUCGACGCCGGGGUGGAUCGACAGGAGGAGGAUCUGCGGAGAAGCGCGAGCGCGCGCCGGGAGGGAGCGACGCGGACGCCGGAGGGUUAACCCUACCCGGGAAGCGCGUGAAGACGGCGACGGAGAUGACCGCCGCGGCGGAUCCGUUCGCGAAGGACUACGAGUUUGGUCUACAGAGCGCGCUCGCGGCGAUCCCCGCGGACAGCGCGGUGAAGAAGGCUGCCGCGCAGCGCGCCGCGGCCGCGAUGGCGCGAGCGAUGGCGGCGUCGCGAGAGGACGCGACGGCAAAGCCGAAGACGGCGGAGGAGGCGGCGGCGAGAGCCGCCGCCGUCGUCGUCGCCGCGACGAAAAUCGCGCGCGCGGAGCUCGCGACGGGGCUCCCCGGGAUGCCCCCCGGGAACGCGGCGACGCUCGCGGAGGCGCACGGCGUCCGCGACCCGAAGCCGAGACGCCCGAGUCUCGAGGAGGUGGCCGCCGCGCGCGCGAAGCUCGAGUCGGAACUGCGCGCGGCGCGGUCGUCGCCGGCGGUGAUGGGCGUCCAAGCCGUCGGUCGCGUCGUCGCGACGGAGGCGUUCGGGCUGUGGACCGCGGAGCAAUCGCGCGCGUUCGAGGAGCAGCUGCGGGCGCGGAAGUUUGACCUGUUCGGCAAAGAGAAGAAGGCGCAGACGAACGACGACGACGUCCCGUGCCUGGCGUGCGGUCGCGCGGACGGCGAGUCCGAUUUCGUGUUGUGCGAGAACGGGUGCCCCACGGGCGGGCACUAUCAGUGUUUGGGCAUGGCCGCCGUCCCGGAAGGGGACUGGUUCUGCGACGCGUGCGCGGAGGCGAGGAGGGAGAAGGACGCCGCGGACGCCGCGCGCGCGGCGGCGGCGGCGGCGGGGGAGGACCCGUCGCCCGGGAAAGCGUCGCCGCCGCCGCCGGUCGCCAUCGCGGACCCCGCCGCCGCGGACCCGGAAGACCCGGACCCGCGACUGGCGAUGAAAUCCUUGCGCGACAUGGUGGAGUACUACUACAACGCGUGGCUGACGCUUCCAAACGUCGAAGACGACGACGGCGACCGGUCCGUGUGCUCGGACGACGAGGAGACGAACCCGUUCGUCGCCGCGGCGGCGGCGAAGCGACGCGGCGGCGGAUCAGGCGGCAAGACUGUGACGACGAUCGGAACGACGAUCGGAUCCGGAACGACCGGAACGACCGGAACGACCGGAACGACGACGACGGUCACGGCGGCGGAGAUGAAACGCGCCGCGUCGGAGCGCGAGAUGGCGCGUCUGUCCAACUCGGGUCCAACCGCGCCGAAGCCGAAGCGUCCGCCCAAGCCGCCGUGCGCCAAAGCCGAGAGCGCCAAGGCGACGAAGAAGGUGGGCGACUUGCUGCAGUGGCUGCACGCCGCCGCGGGCGGGGGCGCGGCGCGCGCGAAAGCCGCGGCGAGGAAGGCGAUGAUGGCGCGGUGGAGGGAGACGUGGACCGAGGUCGACGGCGACGAGGCCGCCGCCGCGGAGGAGGCGGCGAGGAGGAAGAAAGUCGUCGGGGACGUCUUCCACCGCGAGAAGAAGCACCCGAACGCGAGAGAGGUGGCGUUCUCCAGCGACGACGAAGCGUGAUUCGAGCGUCGUCUUGAAAUUUAUCCAUCCAGUCUGG